AUGGAUGAGGAGUCUGUCGACCAAGCGGCCAGCCUGUCUCCUCUUCGCCACAACGCUGGAGCUGACUGUAACCAUGGUGACCAGAGCUCACUGUUGAGCCAGCAGAAGAUGGUGUUGGAAAACCACGAUUAUCUCCAUCGCUGUGAAACACUGGCCUCAAAGGUUUCAGCGGAAGAGAGAGGAGUGCGGUGUGAGUCCGACGUCUCUGUAGUACAACAGAACAACCUCUACAACACAACAUCAUCCACUAAGAAGUAUUUCCCCUGCUCUGUGUGUGGACGACUCUUCACUACAAAACAGGCCCGGGAUCGACACAUGAAGACCCACACGGGAGAGAAGCCGUUCCACUGCACCGUGUGUGGGAAGAGCUUCUCUCAGCAGUCCUCCUUCAGGAUACACCAGAGGAGCCACACGGGGGAGAAGCCCUACCGCUGCCUUGCACCUGACUGUGGGAAGAGCUUCUACCAAUCAGGAGCCUUGUUGAGACACGGAAGGGGUCACGCUGAGGGGUCGACUAGACUAAGCGCUGCUGGAGAUGUGCUGCCUCACCAACAGGAGCUGCUUGUCCAACAGGACCAUACUAUUAACAAGAAUUCUAAACUUCAGGCUGUAGUGGAUGUGCUGCCGGAACAACAGGAUGUCCGUCUGGCUCAAGGAGACAGUCCUGCUCCUCCUCCCAGCUCCGUCUCCUCUCCACCGGGAGGACUACCUGUCCGACACCGGCAGAACCACAACAACACUUUCCACACCAACACCUGUCAGAAGUGCGGAGAGCAGUUCCCUACCUUCUACAAGCUGCGUGUCCACCUGACCACCCACAGGGGAGAGAAGCCCUUCUCCUGUCCAGACUGUGGUCAACGCUUCUCAGCCCGGGGGUACAUGGAGUCACACCAGAGGGUACACAUCAAGGAGAGACCACACCCCUGCCCCGACUGUGGUAAAAGGUUCCUCUCCCUGGGAGACCUGAAGAGACACCAGCAGAGCUUCUCCGAGGAGAGACCGUACAGCUGCUCCGAGUGCAGGAAGAGUUUCACCCAGCCGGGGUUCCUAAGGGCACACCAGAGGACACACACCGGGGUAAAAGGUUACCGCUGCCCCUACUGUCACAAGGACUUCUUCACUGCCUCCAGUCUGAGGAGACACAGGAAGCAGGCGCAUGCGGAAGAGACCGUCACGCUGCCCCCUAGUGGUGGACUCCAGCUGUCACAUGCUGGAGAGAGCCUGGGUCAAGCUGAAGCUGGUGUACCAGGACUGAAGGUCAUAGUGAAGGAGGAGGAGGAUCCUGCUUUUGGAAAAAGCCCUGUCCCAGUUUUUGUUAGCAGUGAGAUUCCCUCGACAUCAGCAGAACCUGAACAACACCAACAAAUCCAGGAGAAACGGUGCAGAACCAAGAAGCCUCACCUCUGCUCGGUGUGUGGAAAGGAGUUCCCUAAACCAUCGAAGCUAGUUGCACAUCUCCGCACACACAGUGGAGAGAAACCCUUCCGCUGCUCCGUGUGCGGUAGAGGUUUCUCCACAGGGGGUAUCACCCUACAGAGACACCUUCUGACACACACAGGGGAGAAACCUUACCACUGCUCUGUCUGUGGGAAGAGGUUCAUCCAGCGAGGGAAUCUGUUAAAACACCAGAAGGUCCAUCGCAGGAUGCACACCGGGGAGAGACCUUACCAGUGCUCUGUCUGUGGGGAGAGCUUCAACUCAACAGCAAACCUGAGGAAACACAGAUCGUCCCACACUGGAGAUAAUGGGUCUGCUAACAUGAAGAGGGGUCGGCUCCUGAGGUCGUCCCACACUGGAGAGGCGUCUGCUGCUGUUACCGGAGGAUUUCAGACUGCUGGAGGUGACGCUCAGGUGAAUCAUCAGACUAUACCUGUGGACUAUUCUAACCAGAUGGGGGAAUAG